AUGGUACUUUGUUGCUUCUUCCAAUGUUGUCGUUUCCCACAGCCGCACCAAGAUGGACCCGCUUAUUUUCCUGUCGUUAUGGACUUUAGUCUGCAUUUAAGAUUAAGAUCAGGUGAUGAUGGCAUUUCGAGAGAUCAAGGUUCGGCUGCAGAGAGUUGUGUGCCUGAGAGAAAUAAUCAUUUCCUCCAUGGGAUUAGCGGUAGUCCAACACAACGCUACAAGCAGGUGCAACACAAAGCUCUUUUUUAUUUGUAA